UUUGAGAGACAUGAGUUUGUGUAUUUACCUUAACACUAUGUUCAGAUGGGACAAAUGGCAGUGGAAAGACAAUGUCUCUUUGUCACACAUUACAUUUCUGUUACACACAGGGUUGGCUCAUUCUGCAUAUUCCUGACGCACACCGCUGGGUAAAGAACUGUAAGGAGCUGCUCCAGUCUUCCUUUAAUUCUGCUCGAUUUGACCAGCCACUGCAAGCCACAGAAUGGUUACGCAACUUCAGGAUUACCAAUGAACCCUUCCUCACAAAGAUUAAGACAAAACACCGCUAUGUGUGGACAAAGAGAGAGUUCACAGAGGAAGGAAGUUUGCUGGGAGAACUUGUGGAUCAGGGUAUAUCUCGUGUGAAAAGCAGCAGUGACGUUGUGGGUGCCGUCAUGAAGGAGCUGAGGAUACAGAGCGGUCAGUCUGACACAGCCUUCCGGUUGGUCGUGGCUGUGGAUGGUGUCAAUGCUCUCUGGGGACGGUCCACCAUUAAAAAGGAAGACAAGACUACUGUGGAUCCAGAUGAGCUCACAUUGAUCCAUAAUGUAAGGAAACUAAUGAAGAAUGACUGGAACGGAGGAGCCAUCAUCACUACUUUGUCGCAGACUGGAUCUCUCUACACUUCAAAAUUAUCAUACAGACCUCAAGAACUGCUGGGACAGAGAGGAUUUGACUGCAUGGAUCCUUUUAUCCCUGUGUCUGUGUCCAACUACAGCGAGAAAGAGUUUGAGAGCUGCUACCUUUAUUAUAUCGACCGCCACUGGCUGCAACAUCCGCAAAGUCAUACAGAAGAAGGGAAGAAAGAGCUGGUCUUUUUGAGCAACAGAAAUCCAUGGAUGUUGGACAAAGUUUGUGCCUUCUUGUAGUGUCAACAAUAGGUUUCAGAGUGAUUGUAAAUAACGAUCAUUACCAUCAAAAUCGACAAUUCUGAACACAUUAUUCUAUCACUUGAAUGGUCCUCAACUAGGUGGCCAUGCAGGAACUGAAACCUAUGAAUAAAUAAAUAUACAUGUAAAACCGCAGAUGUUCAUGCACUGUACAUUAAAAUACUGUAAAGUUGUCUUUGUAAAUAAAUGUGUGUGCUUCUUUCAUAUUAAAAUUGUUUACAUAAUU